AUGUUUGACAUGACUGGUAAAGUUGCUAUCAUCACUGGUGGCUCGGGAGGAAUCGGAUAUGAAGCAGCUCGAGCGCUUGCAGAGGCAGGGGCCAAUGUUGCUCUUUGGUACAGCCGUGCCACAAAUACCGACGAACUCGCCGCUACCAUUGAAGCGGAUUAUGGCGUAAAAGCAAAGGCUUACAAGUGUUCGGUUGAGAAUUUCGAAGAGGUCCAAAAACAAACAGCUGCUGUAGUCGCUGACUUCGGCCGGCUCGAUGUCAUGAUUGCAAAUGCAGGCAUCUCCCGUCCAGCAGGUGGUAUCGAUGACCCUAUUGAAAACUGGGAGCAAGUACUCGCUGUAAAUUUAGACGGAGCCUACUACUGUGCUAAAUUGGCGGGCGAAAUUUUCCGAAAGCAAGGAUCUGGAAGCCUGAUCUUUACAGCAUCCAUGUCUGGCCACAUAGCAAAUGUCCCACAGCGUCAGGCCUGCUAUAAUGCGUCUAAAGCAGCUGUAAUUCACCUCGCAAAAUCUCUUGCAGUGGAGUGGGCAGACUUUGCACGCGUGAAUGCAAUCUCGCCGGGCUAUAUCAAGACUCCGAUAUCUGCCGGGAUUCCCAAAGGAUGGAAAGAAGAAUGGUUGAGUCUCACGCCAAUGAGACGCGAGGGUGAUGCGAAAGAGCUGAAGGGAAUAUUUUUGUACCUCGCGAGCGACGCUAGCACUUUUACCACUGGAGCGGACAUUGUGAUAGACGGAGGAUAUUGUUGCCGGUAA